AACCAAUCAACCAUUUUCUUACGCAUCAUUAGAUUGAGUCGCAAUCACUUUGAGGACAACACGCUUGACGGUACCGAAUUUUAAAUAUUUUCGUAGCAAUUUUCCUCAAUGUUUCAACAGAAUGUGAUCCGGGUUACGAAUCUUAUAUUUUGGCAUACAAGUUAUACUUUGUCGAGAUCAUGGACUCAGUUAUCAAGGACAAGACUACUGCACGUACAACCGCUUGCAUCAGGGACAAGUCAAUGGUCCUCUUCACAGUCAAGACACAGCAGUGGUCCGAUUUUGCCAGUUGCUUUCUGGCAGUAUCGAAGAGACGUACCUCUACAUAACCAAUUCUCUACCACAACACACGUCUGCAGCGAUUCUAUUGGGAAGAUUCAUUCAACGCAUUACCACUUGGUUUACACAUGCAAGGUAUGCUCAACCAGGUCAACAAAGAGGAUAUCCACGGUAGCCUAUCAUAAAGGUGUUGUCCUAGUGACCUGCCCAGGAUGUGAAAAACAUCACAUUAUUGCUGACAACUUGGGUUGGUUCUCUGAUCUGAAGGGAAAGAGGAACAUUGAGGAAAUCCUUGCAGCGAAAGGGGAGAAAGUGAAGAGGGUAGAAGAAGAGGCGGCCUUCGAGAUUGUUAUAGAUGAGUCCGGCAAGGAUACAACACAGACUGCUCAAGAUGCAAAGAAACCUUCACCAGAGUCUGAUGACUCAGGGAAAUCAUGACUAACUCUCUGUGGGUGUGGGUGCGCACAACAAGGACAUUGUUCUCUAUGAGGGGAAAAAUUGCUAUUACUAAGUAAAUGUAACACUUUUGAUAUUUCUAUCUCCAUAUUGUUUUCAUAAGAUGCUGAUAAUUUCUUAUCACACUAUUUUAUACCAACUGAACACUACUGCCAGAAUAUUCCUUGGGUUUACACCAAUCUUACUACUACUGCACUGAUCACACUCAAACAGAAGAGGAGGAUGCUUACAAUUCAUUUUUAUUGUAAAGUUGUAUGAUAUAAAGCAUGAAGAAUUAACAUCCAAAGGCCCAUUUAGGGCCAUGGCAAACUGCCUAUCAUAGACCCUAUCCCUCUUCCUCCAUGGUGUCCUCCAGCAGCACAUGAAAGCAAUGCUGUCAAUCCACAUGGAAGCAGAACAUGGAGUGCUCCUGUAAAACAAUUAUCCCGUCAGGAAUUAGUCGAACAGUCAUUGAACGAAUGGGAUUCACAGUAAUACAUUAGUCUGAAAAUGUUCAAUCAUGAACCCCAGUUCUGGAGCCCCUAUCCUCUCAUCACAAGCCCAAGCACUUACCUCAUCUGCUCUUUUGUGUUUUCCUCUUCCUGCCUCCCUCCCUUUCAUCCUUUUCUAUUGAUGCUUCAACAGAUAAAGAGACCUCAUAUGCCACAAUCUGUUUCAGGAAAAAAACAUCUGAAAGCCCACUUGAGGUGAAUAAUCACAUGAGAUCAGGAAUUGUGGUGUUGAAGUGUAGUUGAAAGACGUUGCAUAAAUGCACUUCUAUCAACACUAAUACAGUUGUCUACAGAGAACAGGCUUUGAUAGUAAACACUUACCUAAUGUAGUCAUCCAGCUGUGCUCCUCCUCCAACCCUCCCAUCCUUUCCAAUUGAUGCUUCAACAGAUCUGUUUCUUUGGCUGCUCUUUUCAUCCAUCUCAGACUUGAACAGGCUUAGAAAGAGGACAAAAGGAAACCAAAGCAACUUUAACUUGACCUUUUAUCCCAUGGUCAUUCUUGAUUCUGUCCAUCAGAACUUGAAUUCUAUAUCUCCUACUUCUCUCCUGAUAAACCACUCUGGUCUCUCUUCCUCCUCUCUCAUGUUUUCUCCUCUUCACCCUCGGGCCUGGCUUCCUUAUAAUUUCCUCGUUUUACUCUUAAAAAAAAAACUUGUUGUUGUUUAUUUCCAUCUAUCAACAUACCUAGGAGCAUUGACUUGUACAUUUCUUCUUUUGUCUGCUCCCUUUCUUUUGUCAUCUACUGAAAAGUUGUCGAUGCCUCGUCCGCCGCUUUCUUCUGCUUCUUCCUUGUUCUCCUCUUUGCAGACUGUGCGUGAGCGGUCUCUGGACGCUGCUCCCUCUCUUCCCUCCGCACAGAGGCGUCAGAUGUAGACGCUGUGACCUCGUAUGCCACCACCUGUUUUGCUCUCUGUGUCUGUCCUUUAUUCUGACACAGCGCACGCCUCUUUUCUCUUUCAAUCUGUGCAUUCCUCUCUUCUCUCUCAUACAGUUUCUCCAUCUCCAUCUUGAACCUGGCCUCGUGAGCUUUUAUUCUUUGAAGCUCUGCUCUCUUCUUAUCCUCGUCCCGUAUCCUUGUCUGCCUUUUCUGUUCCUCCUUCUCUUGUUCCUGCUGUAUCUUCAAUCUCCUUUUCUGUUCCUCUUUCCUCCUCUUCUCUUCUUUCUCUCGUGCCUUUUGCUGCAUCUCCAACACCUUCAUUCUCUCCUUUUCCCUGUUCCUCUCCUCCUCCAUCCUCUGUUUCUCCAUCUUUUUCUCUUCCUCUGCCCUCUUUUUCUCUUCUUUUGCACGGGCCUUCUGUUGCAUCUCCUGCUGCUUUCUCUCUUUUUUCUCUCUCUUUUUUUCUUGCUCUUGUCUCUUUUUCUCAUGUUCAAUCUUUAGUUUCAUCUCUGCCUUCUCCCGUUUCCUCUGCUCCUCUAACUUGUUUUUUUCCAUAUUUUCUGUCCUUUUCCUUUCCUCCUCAUUCAAUUUCUUCUGUCUCUUUUCCCACUUUUUGAGCUCUUCGUCCCUGGCUUUUUCCUUCCUCCUUUCAAUCUUCAUCAUCUCUUCAUUUCUCUUAGCCUCAUACUUGAAAUAUUUGAUCCUGUCUGCGUAGCUCAUGGCAUUAAGUUCUUCUAUCCCUCGGCUCGCCAUCAUAGACAUUGCAUUGGCGGUUGCAAAUGUCCCUUCCAUUUUACCACUAUCAAUCUCCUUCCUGUCCCUCUUACCAUAAGGAUCCCUGUGUAGACAUCUCUGCUGUUGUCCACUCAUGCUCUCCUCACUUUCACUACUCUCCUCCUGACUUGUGUCCUCACUCACACUCUGAUACACAUCAUCCUCAGACGAGCACGAGGGAGUCACAUCAUUCUCAGUGAUGACGCGGAGCGCCUUGAUGUAGUCAGCUUCUGUGUUCACUCUGUGAGCGAGCGGGCACAGCUCCUCGUAAAUGGAUUUCCAUGUGAGUGACUCCUCAGAAACGUCGUCAGGCAGGUAUAGAUCAGAUGAUUGUCUCUUGAGCACAUUCACAACCUCUGCCAGGUCCUGCUCGGUGUCCCCCUGAGUGUUCUCUCUCCUCACUGGCGUGGCCUCUGGGCUGGCCGGGCGCUCGGGGGCUGUGGCAGGGGUAUUAGAUCGUUUUACUGCAGAGGAGCAGGAGGCCUCAGUGUCAUCGUUCUUGUCAUCGCUGUUUGCCAUUUUCUUCAGAAUCUCUUCCUUUCUCUUUUGGGCCAUCCUCUCUUUCAGCUGUGCUUUAUACAUGCUUGCAAUUUCUGCUCCUCUCCGUUGAACUUCCUCAGACAAUUCCUCAGACGAUGCAGUCUCUGGCCUCUUAACCUCAUCCUUGACCUUUGCCUGGCCAGUCAAUGGGGACCUGGGGUGGACCUGCGGAUGGGUCUGUCUCAUCCGGGCAGGAGGGCCGGAAGCCAGGAGGUGGGAUGGGACAGCAAAUCUGUGUGAAGCGUGUGGGUGUGACGUCUUGGACGGAGAAUGAGGCCAUUUAUCAGGGGAGCUGCAGCUCUGUGUGUCCAGAGGGGGAAAGAUUGAGUGUUUCUUAGGUGGGUCCUUCUGGGUGCCGGCAGCAUGCUGGUCAGGCUCCGAUUGGCUGUUGGCGAGGUACCUGUGGUGGUUGUACCUGGGGAAAGCUGGCAGUGUCGGGGAGACGGGACAAAUAAUGGAGGAGGUGGAGCGCUGCUUGAUCACCCCUUUAUCCACCCCAAUCUGUAUGAUGACAGACACACUUUUAUUACUUAAUAGCUUGAUGGUUAUUGUUAUUACUAUCUUAAAACAAUUACAGGUGUAUAGGUAAUAAAUAUCAUAGAGAAAACACGUUUUAUUACUGUAUAUUAGCCUAUUAGGAAAAUGGGAAGGUCCACACUUUUGGAAUCAUUCCAAUUCAGAAAUUCUUCCAUUCCUUUUCAACUUUAUUCUAAGAAUGCAGACCUUCCUCAGAAUACUACCAGUGUGCAGUUCUUUUUCUUGCCUUCUUAUUUCACUAUUCUACCUAUUGAGAUCUCAUUUCUGUGUAUCAGGAUUGGGAACAUCUAAAGCAACUACAGUAUAUCUAUUUAUAUGAAAGUCUGAUUAAAGAAAACGGCUCUUGUUACCUCCUCCAAGAGUUGGUGCAGCCUAAAUAUUUCUCCAUACAGCGCCUUAAUCUCCCUCAUGUUUCCUCGCUCAGUUCUCCAUGUCUCUCUAGCCAAUCUCCAAUGGGCGAGGUCAAGGUCAUGGAUAUCCUCCCGCAUGCCUAGUUCAACCUGGGUUCCCUUCUCAUUUAGCCUCUUCUUUUUCCUCUUCUUCUGGAUUGAAUCGGUGUUCUCCUUGUCCUUCCUACACACCUUUGGGGCAGUAGGGAUUUUGCGAAAAGAACAUGGUCUAUUUUAUGUUACUCAUUGGAUUAUUAUGUGCCUUCCAUUGUAUUUCGUUGAUAUAGAAUAUCAAUAAGGUAUAAUGUUGACACUAGAUCAAGCCAUGGUUUGUACAAAGUUUACACUGAUUGGCCAUACAUGAUUAGUCUGGACCACUUUAGUGGGUCGUAGAUUUAGCCUGCAGAUGGGACUUACAUUAAGGCUGGGGAGUUGUGAGGAGUUGUGAGGCUGGUGUGUUCUGGGCCCGUGGAGUUCAGUAGUUCCUGUGCAGAAAUCAUCCUUUGCAGACCGAUUUGCCCAUGGCUAGAAAUGAAAAUGAUGACAAACAACCUCAUUUCUGACUGCAUAUCAUGGUACAAGCUUGUUAUUUUCAAUCUUAGAAAAGCUCAUAGGCCUAUAUGUCAAAGUGAUGAUUUUAAAUCACUGGAGUUUUGACUAUGAGGGUGGUGAGAGAAAAGAUAUUCUAACCAUUCUUAUGAUGAGCCUUGGAAAGGUGAACUUUCCCAUAGUUCCUUCAAUUACAGUAAUCCUGAAAAAGAUACAAUAUGGCUUAAAAAUAUGAUUAUAUUAUUGAAAUCAUCUAAAUUAAAUUGUGCCACAAAGUAGGCCUUUUCACACUAAAUCACAAGUGGUCACAACUACUUACCACCAAAAUAACCAUCCAAAAUAUAGCAAUGAUUUUGACCCUGAAUUGAACUUGUAAGUGUUGCUGUAAUAUGACAGUAACGCUAUGGCAAACCUUUUAGGCUGUCAUCAUACCAGAAUACAAUCAUUUAUGACAUCACAAUUGUGAUGUAAUGUGGUGCCAUGGGAAGCCACACCCACCAUGACAGACAACAAAUCACCAGAGCCACAUAGGCCUAUUAACCAAUUAAUCCACUUCUAUGUUUGAAAUACAGUAUAUUUAGUACUAGUAAGCUCAUGUAUUCAUAAGAAAAACUGUACGUGUUGUAAAUUCAAUGUAGAUUCCAGUUUCAAAUGGUAGACAUUGUAACUCUUCAGGAUGUGGCAGAGUAUGAAAACCUUUGCGCUGUCUCUGAUGCAGGUGUUUUAUUCUCCCACUCAUUAUGACAUCACUGUGACAUCAUAUGGUGGACAUUUUCCCUGAGUUUGACAUCUCCGGGGAUAAUAUGCUGUGUGCAGACCACUUUCACACAUAUGCACUAGUGCAAUCAUUGUAUUUCCUCCUGCAUGAAUGUAUAAUUGCAACGUUACAUCAUUUUUACAAUUGUGUGUCUUUCUAUGGGACUCCCAAUCAUGGCCGAAUGUGACACAGCCUGGAUUCAAACCAGGGACUGUAGUGACGCCUCUUGCACUGAGAUGCAGUGCUUCAGACUGCUGCACCACUCGGAAGAACAAUAUAAACGCAUAUUCAAAGAAUUUACUGAGUUACAGUCCAUAUAUAGGCCAAUUGAAAUUAAUUAAUUAGUCCCUAAUCUAUGGAUUUCACAUGACUGUACAGGGGUGCAUCCAUUGGGUGGGCCUUGGAGGGCUCACCCACUUGCAGCCAGGCCCAGCCAAUCAGAAUGAGUUUGUCCCCACAAAAAGGCAUUAUUAUAUGCAAAUACUUGUCAGCCUCCCUCCCAGCGUGGCUACAAAUUCUCUAAAAGGAUGUUCGAGGCACCUUAUGGUUGAAAAAUUAAGAUUCAAUUAUCGAGCAACAGCUCUGGUGGACAUUGCUGCAGUCAGCAUGCCAAUUGCACACUCCCUCAAAACUUGAGGCAUCUGUGGCAUUAUAUUGUGACACAACUGCACAUUUUAGAGGCUUUUUAUUGUCCCCAGUACAAUGUGCCCCUGUGUAAUGACCAUGCUAUUUAAUCAGCUUCUUGAUAUGCCACACCUGUCAGGUGUCACACCCUGACCAUAGUUUGCUUGGUAUGUUUUUAUGUUUUGUUUGGUCAGGGUGUGAUCUGAGUGGGCAUUCUAUGUUACAUGUCUCGUUUGUCUAUUUCUAUGUUUGGCCUGAUAUGGUUCUCAAUCAGAGGCAGGUGUUAGUCAUUGUCUCUGAUUGGGAACCAUAUUUAGGUAGCCUGUUUGGUGUUGGGUUUUGUGGGUGAUUGUUCAUGUCUCUGUGUUUGCAACAGAUAGGGUUGGUUUAGGGUGUCGCGGUUUUUGUUAGUCUAUUCAUGUAUAGUUUAAUUCAUUAAAGAACCAUGAAUAGAAACCACGCUGA